AUGGCCGCGUCAUCAAGCUCGUCCGGCGGGUGCACAUGGCCGGACCUCCAGCCGGAGAUGUUGGGCGUCGUGCUCUCGCGGCUGCCGUCGCACGCCGACCGCGUCCGCCUCGCCGCCGUCUGCCGCCCAUGGCGCUCCAGGGCGCGGCUGCUGCGUCCGCUACCCCCGCUACUCCCGUGGCUUGCCCUCUGCGAUGGCACCUUCCUCAGCAUCCCCGACGGCGUCGUGCACCGCCUGCCCGCGGCGGGACACGACGUCUCCGUCCGAGUCUCCACCGGCAGCACGCUCUUCCUCGUGCACGUCGACGACCACAAUUGCUCCCUGAUGAACCCUUCCCCGGUAGCGACGACCCCUGUCCCUGAGGCCGCCGGCUGGUUCCGAGAAAACCCGACCGUCCGGAAGGUGUUAAUGUCCGAUCACCUCGUCGCCGCCUUGGUGAAGUCCAAAGACAUCUACGGUUCCAAGACCACGAAGGUCAUCAUCUCCACUCGUGGGCAGCCAUGGGACAUCACGAGGUGCUCCACCACGGAGUGGGCGGAGCCUGAAGACAGCCACGUCAACGACAUUGCGCUCUUCCAAGGGAAGCUCUACGUCCUCCUCACCACAGAAGUGGAGGAAUGUCGUCAACAGGAGCUUCGUAUCCUGGACGACGGCCGCGAGCAGACAGCCAUCGGCGGUACGGCUGACACGCAUAUCGACGGGGACGCAUGGUACAAUCCUUACUCGACAGACAUGUACGUGCUGCGGAACUACCUCGUUGCCUCCGGCGAUCGGCUGCUGAUGGUGGAACGAAGGAUUUACCAGCCGCCAAUGUUUCCGGCAGACUCGGGGAUUGAGGAGCAAACUCGACUCUUCAAGGUCUUCGAAGCAACAGGCCUGAGCAGCGGCUGUGGACACUGGACCGAGGUCGAUACGUUGCUGGGGCGCGCGCUCUUUGUCAGCGAAGGCUGCUCAGAGUCUCUCCCAGCUGGGGGUCAAUCUAGCGGCGUCGGAGUUCGAGAAGAUUGCAUCUACUUCAUGAACGGCGAAACUUGUGAGAAUCCCUUUCCAGACUCCGGCGUGUACAACAUGAGAGACCAGACAGUGGCGCCGUUGCUGCCGGCGACGGUGGCGGUGCCCGCAGCCGGCUACGGUCCAUGGUCUCCAACUUGGCUUUUCCCAGAGACUUGAGUUAAGCUACUAGGUACGCGGUACUACCAGAUAGGAUUACGUUAGAUGUUGCAGUAUGUAUUGGUCACAUUUUUUCCUUUUUCACAAUACCCAUUAGACACUUCUAAAGCCUAUGCUCAAGACUGAACAAAUAAUCUUCUGUGUGGU